AGCCGGAGCCGAUCCCGGUCCCGGUCCCGGUCCCGUCCCGGCCAUGCGGCUGUCGCUGGUGCUGUCGGUGCUGCGGCCUGCGGGGCCGGUGGCCAUCGGCGUCUCGCUGGGCUUCACGCUCAGUUUGCUCAGCGUCACCUGGGUGGAGGAGCCCUGCGCGCCGCCGCCGCGCCCCGCCGACCGCCCGCGCCCCGACGGCGCCGCCGCGCCGCCCCCCGGCACCGGCAACGCGGCGCGACGGCCCAACGCCGUGCCCGCCGGGCCGGGCGGCGGCAGCUGGGAGCCCCGCGUCGUGCCCUACCGCCCGCCCAGCCCCGGCAGGGCCGCCAAGAAGGCCGUCAGGACCCGGUACAUCAGCACGGAGCUGGGGAUGAGGCAGCGGCUCUUUGUGGGUGUGCUGACCUCCAAGAGCACGUUGAACACACUGGGGGUGGCUGUCAACCGCACACUGGCCCACCGACUGGAGCGCCUCGUGUAUUUCACAGGCACGCGGGGCCGCAAGGUGCCCCAUGGCAUGACAGUGGUGACACACAGUGAUGAACGGCCCAUCUGGAACAUGUAUCAGACCAUCAGGUACCUUCUGGACCACUAUGUGAAUGACUUUGACUGGUUCUUCCUGGUGCAAGAUGAUACCUACACAGAGGCGCACCGCAUCAGCCGCCUGGUCGCCCACCUGAGCAUUGACACCUAUCUCUACCUGGGCCGUCCUGAAGAAUUCAUCGGUGGGGACACUGAGGGACGCUACUGCUAUGGGGGAUUUGGCUACCUGCUGUCCCGCAGCCUCCUCCUGCUCUUGCAGCAGCACCUGGAGAGCUGCCGUAAUGACAUCCUCAGUGCCCGGCCUGAUGAGUGGCUGGGCCGCUGCAUCAUUGACUACACAGGUGUCAACUGUGCCGAGGAGCACGAGGGCCUACAUUACCACUAUUUUGAGCUGGGGAAGAAUGUGGACCCCGAGAGAGAGAUGGACAUCCGUUUGCAGAGCGCCUUCACUGUCCACCCCGUGCUGGAUCCCCUCCAGAUGUACCGGCUUCACAAGUACUUUGCGCAGGUGGAGCUUGAGAGGACCUACCAGGAGAUCCAGGAGCUCCAGCUGGAGAUCCAGAACGCCAGCAGCCUGUCUGCUGAUGGGGACCACGGCGCCACAUGGCCUAUUGGCAUCCCGCCCCCCUUCCAGCCCAAAACCCGUUUUGAAGUGCUGCGCUGGGACUACUUCACAGAGGAGCAGGUCUAUGCCUGUGUGGAUGGCUCCCCCAAGUGUGAGCUGCGCGGUGUGGACCUGGCAGACGUGGCUGAUGUGGUGGCCACAGCCAUCGAAGAGCUGAACCGCAAGUACCAGCCAGUUCUGCACAUUCGCAAGCAGCAGCUGGUGAACGGGUACCGGCGCUUCGACCCCACGCGUGGCAUGGAGUACACACUGGACCUGCAGGUGGAGGUGGUCACCCAGAAGGGGCACAGCCGUUCUGUCACCAAGCGUGUGCAUCUGGUCCGGCCCCUCAGUGAGGUGGAGAUCAUCCCCAUGCCCUAUGUGACAGAGGCCAGCCGCAUCAGUGUCAUCUUGCCACUGACGGCGCAUGACCGGGACCAUGCUGCCCGCUUUUUGGAGACUUAUGCAGCCGCUGCCUUUGAGAGCAGUGAGAAUGCUGUGCUCACCUUCCUCUUCAUCUAUGACCCCUUUGAGGCCCAGCAGGUUGCCCAGAAUGACAUCUUUGCCCCCGUGAAGGCCCAGAUCACUGAGUAUGAGCGCAAGUAUGCAGAGGUGAAGAUCCCAUGGAUCAGUGUUAAGACAGAUGCACCCUCUCAAAUCAAGGUCAUGGACAUCAUCUCCAAGAAGCAUCCCGUGGACACACUUUUCUUUGUGGCUGGCGUGGGGACGGAGGUCACCAUUGACUUCUUGAACCGCUGCCGAAUGAACACCAUCAACAACUGGCAGGUCUUCUUCCCCAUCCACUUCCAGGGCUACAACCCCGCCAUUGCUUACCACAACCAGGUGCCGCCUGCCACGCUGGACCUGCUUCGGGACGCAGGGCGCUUCGACCGUGACGUCUUCCAUGAAGCCUGCUUCUACAAUGCUGACUACAUGGCGGCACGCACCCGCAUGGCAGGCGAUGUGCAGGAGAAUGAGGACAUCCUGGAGACCCUGGACAUCUAUGACAUGUUCAUCAAGUACUCCAACCUCCAUGUCUUCCGGGCUGUGGAGCCUGCCCUGCUGCAACGCUACCGGCACCAGGCCUGCAAUCCCCGGCUCAGUGAGGAGAUCUACCACCGCUGUGUGCAAAGCAGCCUGGAGGGAGUAGGCUCUCGCUCCCACCUGGCCAUGGUGCUUUUUGAGCAGGAGCAGGGGAACAGCACCUGAAUCCACGAUGUGGAGAGGUUGGCCCUGCCUUGCCUGCCUCCUUGCCCGCCCCACCUCUUCUCCUGCUCACAUCUGUCUUCCUCUACCUGGUGGCUGCAGGGAUCACUGGUGCCCGAGCUCAUGAUGCCCUGAUGGGGCUGCCUGGGCCAGGGUCUGCCAGCCCAGGGUGCUCAGGUCUUUCCAGUGUGUCCGUGGCUGUGCAGACCCUGGGGUGAGGUGGGGUUGGAGUCACUGAGCUGCAAGCCAGGAUACUUGGCUCCUUACCCCACAGCCACCAGCUGCUGGCCCCAUCAGCCUGCCCCAGCCCUGCUGCCCACUGGGGAGGCAGUAGGCCACCCUGUCCCUUGCUGUCCCCCCUUGACCUGGGACACACAGAGCCCAGGGUUCCCUUGCUGUCAAGCCGUGACUGCUGUGGGGCUUGGGGCAAUCCCUCAUGGUUUCCCCAGCGCUCUGGGAUAGGGUUGCGCCUCAUGCUCCUUUGGAGCAUUGGCCCAGUUGUGCAGGAAGGGCUGUGUCCCUGCAUCUGCCACAGGCUUGGACAGCAGGAUGGGGCACAUCCUACCCCAAAAAGAGCAAUAAGGAGGUUGGUUUUGGGGUUUUGCUACUUGGCAAUGAGCCAGAGCACUCCUGGCUGGUUGGGGGUACUUGGCCCCCAGGGCUGGUGGGCACAGUAGGUGCUGGAGGACAUCCUGCUGUAUUCACGUACCGUGAACUACUCCCCAUGGGAACCAUGACCCAGGCCGCUUUGGCCUUAGCAGUAUUGAUAGGACGUCGGAGGUUGCAGCCCUCGGACAAGAGCCUCACUCCUGAUAGAAGUGGGAGCCCAGGUGGGCAUGGUGGAGGGUUUGGCUGCGCAUCUCCUAAGGAGAAAGCGACUGAGGAGCCACUCUCUGCUCCUGGUUUGUAUUUAAUAGUGGGGAGAGAAGGGGGC